AAGCUCCUGGGAUUCACAACUUGACAAGGAACAAAAGGGGACGGUGGUUUCUGCGCACACAGCUGGUUCAUCCAAUACUAAGAUAGCUACAGCCUACAGGUAGUAGUAAUGCACUACAUUUUUGUUCAUAUUGUAUAAAACACAGCCGUUGCUUCACUCAAGGCAGCCAGCAGCAGCAUAAUUCCCCUUACAAAAACACCGUCGCAAAUUUUGGCCAAUUAAUGACACGUCAAAAGUUUUCCUGAGCCCAGAUGAAUGAAAACAUGGCCUUUUUUUGGUUAAAAAGAAAUUCUUUUUCUGUGGCCUCCAAGUUUCAUUCUGAACCUGUAGAAGCUAGCUGCAGAAGAAUGUGCUUUUGUCCCCACCUCAAAAAAAGAAAAAAGAUUGUGCUUUUGUUCAGAAAAUCUGGCAGUAAAUCACCUAGCUAUCUGAAACCGCACAAUGCACAACGGGCAGGCAUUAGUUUUGUUCUGUUUUGAUGAAAACUGAGCAUAAGCUCAGAGAACAUACUCCAUAUGGAAUGGUUAAGGUUUUUCUACUUGGACAAAAUGCUCCAGUAAACCAUAGGGACAGAGUGCAUGAAUAAACUAUAUGCUCAAAUUAUGCAGCAGAUAUGUCAACAACUGUGGUUAUGUAAGCAUUCCUUAACCUAUUCUUCAGAUGAACUCAUCUUGAUCUCAUUAAGACAUCAUACUAGGAGGCAAAAGUAUAUUUAACGUAUGGUUAAGGAUCCUAGACAGUACUUUGGUGUCUCUGUCUCUUACAAAAUUCGUAGGUGAAAACAAAGUUGAUUAUAUCGACAAAAGAUUCAUGCUUUGUAUUUCACAGUGGUGUGACUUUCAGUGAAUAAGUCUGACUGUCGCAUGGCACUCCAAACAAAAAGUGCAUUUCUUGCUGAGUUUGAAUAAGCAGGUUGACAUAAUCAUGCCAACAAAAACAGUUCUAACCGAGAAUGGCAACGGCUAAGGGCUAAAGCUGAUACAUUAUACUAAUGUUUUUGUAGGCAAAUAAACUUGAUAUUAUUUGAUUUCAUGCUGAAGUAGCUCAGCGUGUACCUUGAGAGUAACAGUGUGUUUUGUCCUACCUUUUACCUAGUCCGAAACCAAGUUAUCUGUUUCUAUAUACAUACCACACCGUGUUUCUGCUACUCUUCUGCAAGAUAUCACAAGACUCACAAGAACAAUGCCACACAUGCAAGAGACGGAGUGCCCCGUCAAACCAUUCAAACCCAAGAGCCAGGAUGACCAGAAAAGCACAUCAUAUUCUGUGUCAGAAGCAGCAGCUGCGGAUGAACCGUUCCCGUUCUUUGGACUGCUUUGCUAUGCCGAUGCGCUAGAUUGGCUGCUCAUGGUGGCAGGAACAAUUGGGUCCUUAAUGCACGGCAUGGCGCCUGCAAUGUCGUAUUACAUCCUUGGCAAAGCCGUAGAUAUGUUUGGGAACAACAUAGGCAAUCGGGAGGCAAUUGUCCAUGAACUUUCCAAGUUGGUUCCAUAUAUGUGGUCCUUGGCAAUUAUUACACUUCCCGCUGGAAUGCUUGAAAUUGCAUGUUGGAUGUACACAGGUCAGAGACAGAUGACAAGAAUGCAGAUGGCAUAUCUGAGAUCAGUACUCAAUCAAGAUAUCGGAGCUUUUGACACUGACUUAACCACCGCGAACAUCAUGGCUGGAGCAACCAAUCACAUGAGCGUCAUAAAAGAAGCAAUUGGCGAGAAGAUGGGUCACUUCAUUUCUAAUUUUUCCAUAUUCAUAGUCUCUGUCGUUGUUGCUUUUGUGUGCUGCUGGGAGGUGGGUAUGCUCACCCUGUUAGUUGUUCCGAUGCUUCUCAUGGUUGGGGCAACAUAUGCGAAAACGAUGAUUGGCAUGUCGAUGACAAGGACAGCUUUCGUCUCCGAAACAACCACUGUUGUAGAACAGACUCUUUCACAUAUCAAGACUGUCUUCUCAUUUGUCGGAGAAAACUCGGCCAUGAAAUCAUUCGUGAAAUGCAUGGACAAGCAAUACAAGCUAAGCCAAAAAGAGGCAUUCAUCAAAGGACUAGGUUUGGGAAUGUUGCAGAUUACAACAUUCUGUUCGUAUUCACUGACGAUCUAUGUUGGAGCGGUAGCAGUAACUGGAAGAUCGGCGAAACCGGGUGAAUCGAUUGCUGCUGUCAUUAACAUCCUCUCCGGUGCAAUAUAUCUCUUGAAUGCAGCGCCGGAUCUUCAGACCUUCAGUCAAGCAAAAUCUGCUGGUAAAGAAGUAUUUAAGGUUAUCAAAACAAAUCCAGCAAUAAGUCAUGAAUCAAAUGGAAUAAUAUUAGAGAAGGUCACUGGAGACAUUGUAAUACGAGAGGUGGAUUUCACAUAUCCAUCCCGUGAAGGCAAUCCAGUUCUCCAAGGAUUUUCGCUGGCUGUACCAGCAGGCAAGAUUGUAGCUCUUGUGGGGAGUAGUGGAUGUGGAAAGAGCACUGUGAUUUGUUUGGUUCAACGGUUCUACGAUGCUAUAUCCGGUGACAUAUUUAUUGAUGGUCAAAACAUUAAAGAACUUGAUCUGAAGUCCCUGAGGAGAAAUAUAGGUUCAGUAUCUCAAGAACCAUCACUCUUUUCUGGUACUAUUUCUGAUAAUUUGAGAAUUGGCAAAAUAAAUGCAACUGAUGAAGAGAUAAUUGAAGCAGCAAAAACAGCUAAUGUGCACUCAUUUAUAUCCAAACUUCCAAAGCAAUACUCAACUGAGGUAGGAGAAAGAGGUGUGCUACUAUCAGGAGGUCAAAAACAAAGAAUAGCGAUUGCAAGGGCUAUUCUAAAAGAUCCCCCAAUUCUUCUUCUUGAUGAAGCCACAAGCGCACUUGAUUCAGAAUCCGAGAAGCUAGUUCAGGAUGCUCUUGAUAGAGCUAUGCAAGGCAGGACUGUUAUCUUGAUUGCCCACAGAAUAUCAACAAUUAUAAAUGCAAACAAGAUUGUUGUUAUAGAGAAUGGAAGAGUAGCUCAUUCUGGAACACAUGAAGAAUUGCUAGGUAAAAGUGUAUUCUACUCGAGUGUAUGCAAUAUGCAGAAUCUUGAGAAGAAAUCUGGCAUGAGUGAACAAAGAAGCACCGAAGAAGACGAAGAACAAGACAAUGAGACAUCUUUCUCUACACAUGAUCAAGGGAAGAGAAUAGAACUGACGUCGAAGGAACCGAAGCAAGGGAUCAGAAAGAGAACAUCUGUUUUCUACAGAAUAUUCCUUAGAACCUUUAAACUUGUGCCAGGAAAAGUUCUGCUAGGUUCCGCAGCAGCAGCAGUCUCUGGGAUCUCAAGGCCUAUAUUUGCUUUCUUCAUCAUAACAGUUGGCAUGGCAUACCUGGAGACAGAUGCAAAGAGAAUAGUCAGCAAGUACUCAAUAAUUUUGUUCCUAGUUGGGUUGGUAACAUUUUUCAGUAACAUCAUUCAGCACUAUAUAUAUGGCCUUGUUGGCGAAAGGGCAAUGAAUAACCUAAGGGAGGCCCUCUUUUCAGUCAUCCUUCGGAGCGAAGUAGGUUGGUUCGAAGAACCGGGGAACAGCGUCGGCUUCCUGACUUCACGUGUUGUCAGUGACACCUCGAUGAUCAAGACAGUUAUAUCUGACCGAAUGCCCGUCAUCAUUCAGUGCAUCUCUUCAGUCCUGAUAGCAACGGUGUUGAGCACAGCAGUGAACUGGAGGAUGGGUCUGGUUGUAUAUGCUAUGAUGCCAUGUCACCUGAUCGCCGGCCUUGUACAAGUCAAGUCAGCGAAAGGUUUUGCCACUGACAUCUCUACUUCCCACCAGAAGCUCAUCUCACUCACCUCAGAGGCCGUCAGUAACAUCCGUACGGUGGCGUCUUUUGUUCACGAAGAAGAGAUACUUAGGAAAGCGGACUUGGCGCUCCAAGAACCGAUGCGGAUAAUCAGGAUGGAGAGCAUCAAGUAUGGGGCGGUGCAGGGGGUUGCCCUCUGCUUAUGGCAUAUGACACACGCCAUCCAGUUGAACUGCACAAUUGUGCUGCUUGAGAAGGGACUAGCAACAUUUGAAAACUGUGUACGAUCGUACCAAACAUUUGCACUGACAGUACCUUCCAUCACAGAGCUAUGGUCCUUGAUCCCUAUGGCAAUGACAGCGAUCUCACUGCUCGAUCCCGCACUUGACAUUCUCGACAGAGAAACACAGAUUGUGGCAGAUGGACCAGAAGUUCCUGCUGAAGAAGACAGGAUUACGGGUCACAUUGCGUUCGCAGAUGUCAGUUUCAGUUAUCCCGCGAGAACAAAAGUGACCGUACUAGAUGGCUUCAGUCUAGCCAUCGAGCCCGGGCAAAGGGUCGCAUUGGUUGGCCCGAGCGGGGCCGGAAAAUCCACUGUGUUCUCCCUUCUGCUGAGAUUCUACGAGCCUUCCAAAGGAAAAGUACUUGUGGACGGUAAGGACAUCAGAGACUACAACCUGAAGCGUCUGAGGAAGCAGAUAGGAUUGGUUCAGCAGGAGCCGAUCCUGUUCAACCUGUCCAUCAGAGAGAACAUCAGCUACGGCAAUGAAGGCGUGUCGGAGGCAGAGAUAGUGGAGGCCGCAAUGCAGGCGAACAUCCACGAGUUCAUCAGCAGCCUGUUGACGGGGUACGACACCGUUGUUGGGGACAAAGGGAGCCAGCUCUCCGGAGGCCAGAAGCAGCGGAUAGUGAUCGCGAGGACUGUGCUGAAGAAUCCUGCCAUACUUCUACUAGACGAGGCGACCAGCGCUCUGGACGGCGAGUCCGAGAGGGUGGUGAUGAGCUCUUUGGAAGCACAUGGGUGGAGGAACAACGGUGAGCUCUUAGCUAAGACCACGAACUUCACGAUCGCCCACAGGCUGUCCACGGUCGUGAGCGCGGAUGUGAUCUUUGUGAUGGACAAAGGUGAGGUGGUGGAGAUGGGCAGCCAUGAAACUUUGGUCUCUGCAAGGAAUGGCCUUUACUCGAGAAUGAACCGCAUGAAGAUCAAAGGGGCGAAAGACUGAUUUUUUUGUUCUUUUUCAUGGUUUUUUGAUAGGGCUGCUGCACCAUUGCAAUCAUUUAAUCUAAUGACCGUUGUGACAAUUUGUAAAAGUGAAGUCUGAAAGUUUUAAUGAAAAAGCAACU